CAAAUUUAAAAAAAAAAAUUCUCAAAUUUAACAGGAUCCAAAAAUUUUCUAAAUAUCGCUUUUAUCUCAAAAACAAAAAUGAAGUGAAAAAUUGGGAGGAGGAGGCGCGUGGAAUAAAAACAGAGAAAUCGCGGGGAAAAGAAAGGCGGAGGGAGGAGGGUAUGAGCUGUGGGGGGGAUAUGUACAGUGGGACCCACCACCCAUGUGCCCUCCCUCCUCUCUCCACCAGCAUCUGCCUCUCAAUCAUCACCAUUCUCUUCCCUCUCUCUCUCUCUCUCUCUCUCAGACACACACCAUCUUUGUUUGUGAAAGAAAUUCUAAUUCCAUUUCCUUUUCUUUCUAGAUUUUUUGUGGGUUGUGUCCAUUAACCUUCUCCAGCAAUUACCCCAAAACAGCUAGACAAAGCUUUUAUAGUCUUUGACGCGAAAGCUAAAGCUAAACUACAUAAAGGGUAAGAGUGUGGUAGUCCUACUCCGGCCCCCACGAUGUCCAAUUCAGAGACUGCUGCUACUAACGGAUCGUUAAUGGACCCACCGAGACAUCAGGCGCCGGCAGCCAAUGGUUCACUCGCAGUUAAAAAGCCUCCCACCAAAGACCGUCACAGCAAAGUUGAUGGUCGUGGGAGAAGGAUCAGGAUGCCCAUCAUUUGCGCUGCUCGUGUUUUCCAGUUGACCCGCGAAUUGGGUCAUAAAUCCGAUGGUCAGACUAUCGAGUGGCUGUUGCGUCAGGCUGAGCCUUCUAUUAUAGCCGCCACUGGUACAGGGACGACUCCUGCUAGUUUUUCCACCGUGUCGGUUUCCCUCCGCGGAGCUAAUUCUACUUCUUUGUCGUCGACCACUUCUUCGUUUUCUUUGGAUCAUAAGCCUCUUUUGGGUCCUACCCCGUUUAUACUUGGGAAACGCGUCCGGUCCGACGACGAUAACGCCGGAAAGGACGAUUCCGGAGGGCUCACUGUUGGACCAGGAGUGGGUUCCAUUGUGGGACCGAACGGGACACAUCCGGGUGGGUUCUGGGCUCUUCCAGCAAGGCCAGACUUUGGUCAAUUGUGGAGCUUCGCGGCCCCGCCUCCGCCGGAUUUGGUAGUACAGGCGGCUGCUCAGCAACCCGCUACUGCUGCUGCGUUGUUCGUUCAACAACAGCAAGCGAUGGGAGAAGCGUCGGCGGCUAGGGUCGGCAAUUAUCUUCCUGGUCACCUAAACUUGUUAGCCUCGUUGUCGGGUGCUCCGGGAGGAUCGGGUCGAAGAGACGAGGAUCCGCGUUAAGAUUUGGUGGACCAUUUUACCCUUCUUGUUGUUGGGAGUAUAUAUAGAUUCUAUAAAUAUUUGUGUAUGGUUGUUGCUUUUUUGUGUGUGCGAGGAUGUGGAAGAUGAUUGCUAGUUGGAAUUCCUAGGGUUAGGGAAUUAGGGUUUUGAGGCAGAUAAUUUGGAGUAUGGAUGAUGAAUGGAUUCAGAUUAGGGUUUUUCCGCAGCACUUCUAUUUGAUGAUUAAUUAGGGUUUUAGAGCAAUUGUUUAGGGUUUUGAGAAUGGAGAGGGGAGCCGAGUGCUGAAUUUGGGGAUUGGUUGUGUUGUUUGUCCCCAUUGUGGAGCUCAUGAUGACACCCAAAUAGGGUUGGAUCUAUUGUGCUUCCGGGCAUUAACCCUUAUUGCCAUUGGUGUCUAAGAAUUACUAGUUUCUUUGCUGCUAUGCGGCAUAGCUUAGCAUCAAACACUGCAUUACGCUGGUUCUUAAGGACGUGGGUUGAUUUGGCUCUCUUUUUAGCUGCUUUCGUUGUCGAUCGGGAUUACUGCUGUGUGAAAGAUAACCGGCUCCGGCUCCUCUCUACAGGUCCUUGAAAAUAACUGGAUGGUUACUGAAACAUUAACUGAUGGGAGGUGAGAAACACAUGCAGCAGCAGUGAUCUUGUCGACCUAAAUCUGGAAAGAUAAAUGAAGUUGAUACAAAGUGGUGAAAGAAAUUAUCCUAACGAGAAAAUGUGUAAUGCAUUUUUCAUUCAUGGAGGCCAUCCCUGAAGCUUACCCAUCUUUUUAUGACCUAAAGGAGAUGCUGACUGCAUUGCAGUUUCUGGGAAAGAGAAUCAAACUCAACUUCGUAAUUAAGCUGAAGCUUCAUAGCUUUGUAUAAUUUCUUAAAUUGUAAUAAUAGAUUAAUUUGGUUGCAACAGAAAAAUAGGCCCACCAUUUGCCUAUCAUUAAAGGGCAUGCCCCCAUUAUAGUUGGAACAGCUUUUACAGUGUGGUGGGCUAAUUUGGAAGUAAAACACAUCCAAAUGAUGGGGAGCCUCAUAUUUCAGAUUUGGGUGGUUAAUACCAAAUUUCUACGUUUUUUGUGUUGCAUUUAA